UAUCUUACUUCCUGGUUACAUACAUUACGUUGAAAGAAUGUCGACCAAUCUAAAGAUAUGUAACAUAUGUGAUUACCGACACGUAACAAAGCCAGCAACAGAUUGGUGUUCCGAAUGUGAACAGUCUUUUUGUAACGAAUGUAAGGAAUUCCACGGGUUUUCAAGGUCGUCCCAAAAUCAUGCAACGAUUCCGAUAUCGGACUUUUUAGCACUAGAGACGUCUUUCUUAUCAAUAACCAGUCUAUGUACUGAACAUAAUGAGAUUUACAAUUUGGUUUGCCAGACACAUGAUCAGCUGCUUUGCCUUCGUUGUAUAAAAAACCACAAGGACUGUAAGGGUAUAGUUCCACUGAGUGAAAUUACAAAAAAUGUGAAAUCUUCAACGUGUUUCCAAGAAACACAAACUGGUUUUACAGACACAAAUGAGAACAUAACAAAGAUUCGGGAUGAGUUAAAGUUGUCUUUAGAAACGAUAAAUGAUGAAGAGAAGUUACUUAUGUCAGAGAUUGGAACGAUGAGGAAGAAAAUAGAUGAUCAUGUAGACAAGCUCGAAAACAACCUAAAAAAAGAGUUGUCUAAAGAAGCAACAGAAUCACGCACAGCCAUCGAAGUAUUGUUACAGAAACUUGAUGAUCGAAAAACCGAGACUACUAAACAUUUGAGGCAAAUGAAAGAUUUAGAGUCUUAUGCAUCAGAUUUUCAGACUUACAUAAGCCUGAGACAAAUUUCAUCUGCAGUGGAUUCUGCUGAGUCAUUCGUGCAGUCAGUGGCUAAGGAUGGAAAUUUAGAAAUAGAUGCAUUCAGCUUGAAUUUUGAUGAAAAGAUAAAUGAAAUGGUAAGCAAUAUUCAGCAGUUCGGUAUGGUUCAUAUACAGAAAAAGGUUUGCCACGUGACUCUCAUCCGACAAAAGGAUAAGCAAGCUCAGUUAGUCGGAUUAGAACGACCCCAAAUUAAGUCGGUCAAUGAAAUCAACCUCAAAUUAUUUCAAACUAUUGAUACAAAGUGUGAUUUUAUAAGAGGUUGUGAAAUUCUGUCCGAUGGGAAAAUGGUCUUCGGUAAUUCUUCCAAGGAUAGUUACGUAGUUAUUUUUGAUUCAGAAGGGAAACGUUUGUUAAAUACAUUAAAAAAACAAGGCCGUCCUUGUAUGGAUAUAACAUGUAUUGAUAAAAACACAAAAUUAGCUAUUUCUAGUGGAUAUAGAAGUCAAUGUACAGUUAACAUUGUCGAUAUAAGUAAGCCCGAAAUAGAAUCUAAGUGUAUAACCAUGAAAAACUAUUGCUACGGAGUGACAUGUACUGAUAACUCCUUAUUGUGUUAUAUUUCCAAAGAGGGCAUACAAAAGAUAAGUUUAGACAACUAUAAAGUAUCAACUAUUAUCAAAUCAGGUUUACAUUAUGGAUAUGUUGCAGUACACAACAACAAACUGUAUUACACCGACCGCGACAAAAACAGUGUAACGUGCAGUGAUAUGGAAAGUCAGUUGGUAUGGACGUUUAGGGAUGAAACUGUUUUGAAAGAUCCACUUGGUAUUACGGUUGAUACUUGUGGAUUUGUAUACGUUGUAAGCCAUGCAAUGAACAGUGUUGUAGUAUUAUCUCCUGAUGGACAGGAAAAAAAAGUGUUAUUAACAAAUAUAAAUGGAUUGAAAACUCCAUGUGCUUUAAACUAUGAUAAACUUCGAAAUCGUCUUUUGGUAGCAAACAGUGAAAGAACUGCAUAUUUGUUUGACGUUUCGAAAUAACAAUACAAAUGUUUUAAAGCAUCCACAGAGACUCAGAAAGUGCGCAGUUAUUUCAAGAAAGCACUUUUGCUCAUCCAACAUAACAUCUAGGUCUUUUGCUUAAAAGGAGGCUAAUGAACCAAGUGUUCCUAGUGCAAAAUUUGAUGUCAUUCAUUGUUUUACGGUUGCCAUCAUGAUUUGGUUUAUCGUUAUGGGAUAUUUAUAUCACAGAUCACAGAUGUGUUCAAAUUGUCGUCUCUUUUCCUUGAAUGUUACAUGACGAAUUUAACUGUUCACCGAAAUUGUACUUGCCAUGAGAAACAUGACGGGGCAAUAUGUGGAGCAGGAUCUGUUUACCCUGGUGUUUUUUAGUUUUGUUCAGUAAUAGUUUUCUAUGAAUCGUGUUUUCAUUCUUUUUCUCAUUUUUGCCAUGGCUUUCUUAGUUUGUCUUCGACUUAUAUUUUUAUUAUUCCUUUCUGUAUUUUCUCCCUCAGUUCAACAGUGCUUCAGUCUGUCGUCAUUUUUACGCCCCUUCUGAUUUUAAAUUUCCUUGUUUUAUAUGAUGUAUUUGUACCAAGGUUGGGCGGUAUUUAGUAUUUACCGGUAUUUACCGCCUCGGGCAAUACUCCUCAAGUGGUCAAUACUGGCAAAUACUGGUCGAUUGAAAUUUUCAUGGUUAUUUUUACAGACUCAACUAUAAAUUUUAGCAAAACAUUGGCUUGAUGGGGGAAUUAUUUUAACUUUAUUUCUUUGGCAAUGAUUUAGUUUAUUAAAAUGAAUGAUAGAGGUAUAUUUUAUUAACUAUUAAAACAUGAAUAAUGACUAAUUUAGU